CGAGGAGUUCGCAUCUGCGCCACUAGCUCCCCCGCCCUCCCUCGAUACGUCGUUUUCGUUUGGUGCCAGUCCGUCUGCGGCAACAGUGGCGGGGACGAUUCUUUUCCUUUUCCUUUCUCUUUCUUUCUUUUGUUAGUGAUGAGUUCUUCCCCCUUUCGUUUUCAUUUCUUUUUUUCUGAUCUGAAUGUUUCGCAUUUCAUCCCGCUCUUUUUUUGGAGAAGCCACCCGCCUGUCUUGCUGGAGAUGCGAAGGGAAUCGAACACUGGACCCGCUGGUAAUCAAUAGGUGUAAGCCUGCAGCGGAGCCAUACAGCCCGCCACGCGAGAUUCGUCAACGAUAGUUUCUUUUUUUUUUUUUUCUGUUUUGUGGGAGUGUGGGCCUCGCUCCACUACUCUCCACAUGCACGAAAGACAAAAUAUGGCGGUGUAUCUUUCCAUAUUCUUGCGAAGGAUUCAUUUUCAUUCAUUUCGCACAUUUUUUCGAGAGUGGUGGAGCGAGGCCCUUUGUUUCCCUCCGCAGGAGUGACGUGGGAUCUCCGGACUCUCCCGCCGUUCUGCUCUCUCUCCCCUCUCUCACCUCUCUGUCCCUCCUGUCUCUCUGAUUAUACCAUCAACUACGGUGCUACUAUUAAUGGUGGUGGAAGUGGUUGGGGGCGAAGUGUGAACGAGCGAUUCUCCGUUGGUGUUUUUAUUUUCCCUUCUCUCAGCCGUCGACUGACGAGAUUCCUCCGGUAUGCUUGGAGGUUAUUUAAGUCUUUCUGAGGAGGAACUUAUAGCACAGAGGCAAAAGGUUGACGCUGGAGAGCAACCGUGGAGCAAUCGUUCGUGUCGUUGUAGUUUAUCCCUCAGAGGAAAGUGAGGAGCAGCAGUCAGGAAGCCUCGUCUUUUUCUUACAUUCCUUGAGCGCAAAGCUGUGACAGUGUGAAAUCCAUACAGUUCCCAAGUUUCUCCUCAGUCGGGCGAUCAGUUGUUAGAGCUCCUAAUUUCUCCGCUACAGUGAUUUUGCCAACCCGGCGUGAUGGCGAUUGGUCGUGCGUUUUCGAGGAUCGUUUCUCGCCGUACCGUCUCGGAUUUCGUCCGACGAUUCUCUGCGCAGGAGGGACGAUGCUUGAGUGCUAGCCAAAUGCAAUUGAACAGAGGUUUCGCUUAUUCUCUUCUCAACUCUGCAACAUCAUCGAAGGCGGGGCUUGCCAGCUCGUGCAGGUUCACUUCGACUGAGGUGUCGCGUGCCAUUGCGAGAGAAAAACUUUUGGCUCCGUUCGGUGUGCGAUUCUAUGCUGACUACCCGGAGCAUAUCAAGUUGGCAAUGCCAGCUCUGUCGCCUACGAUGGAAAUGGGGAACAUUGUUUCAUGGAAGAAGAAAGAGGGGGAUGAGGUGGCUGCGGGAGAUGUGCUGUGUGAAAUCGAGACGGACAAAGCAACUCUUGACAACGAGUCGCAGGAGGAUGGUUAUGUAGCCAAGAUUCUUGUCCCAGAGGGCACAAAGGAAGUGCCAGUUGGAAAGACUAUCUGCAUUAUGGUGAGUGAAGAGGGGGACAUUCCCAAGUUUGCCGAUUACAAGGACUAGAGAAACAGUCGUGAUGCGACAACCCUGCAGCACAUGAAGACUGGCGGAUCUUCGAAUCGAUCUUGUCUGCCUUCGUCUUUGCUUCGGAUGGAUCAAUAAGGAGAGGUGUUGCUUCCGAUGGAUGAAUAAGGAGAGAGGGGUCACGCAUUCUCUCUCUCUCUCUCUCUCUCUCUCUCUCUCUCUCUCUCUCUCUGUGUGUGUGUGUGCGGAGGAAAGGGAGUUUCAUAUUAUUUGGAGAGCUUGGUGGGAAGGUCUUUCGUACCUCUUUUAUUAGGAGGGGUCAUUUCUUAGUGAUAUACGUUUUUAGGAGAGGGGAAUCGCUGUUUCGUUGUGGGUAAAGAUAUGGAGGUGGAGCAUGUGCUUUUGUAAAUUCUUCCUCCUUUCGUGUUACCGUGUGAAUCAAAGAGUUUGAAAUCU